ACGACGAUCCCGGCGGAUGUCCGCUCCGGCGUCCGUCGGCCACAAGACAAGGCACGGUACGACUCUUGGCGGAGCGUGGUCGUGGGGGAGGCAGUGGACAACACGGCGGGCAACGGUGAGUGGACCGAGGUUAGGCGUCGAAGACCGCCGCAUUCAAGAGGGGCUCACGCCUCUACGGCCAGCCGCCCCAGUGCAUUGAAGACGGAGAGUGAGAUCCCUCGGUGGCUGCAGGGCCGCUGCUUCAAGUGUCUCGGCCUGGGGCACCAGAAGGCUGCUUGCAGAGGGGAGACAAGGUGCUUCAACUGCUGGUUUCCUGGGCACAUCGCCAGAUCCUGCAAGGAAGGAGUAGGUCCGGAGAAGGCAGCUGGAAGGAUGGGGCAACCAUUGCAGCAGAGGCAGCGGCCAGGUGCGACGGUGUUGCAACGGGAGGUGCAGCAGGAUCCGCCACGUAAAGCAGAGGAGGUGUUGAAGAGGCGCCAAGAUCCACUGCGCCAAGGAGACAAGGGUCAGCAAGAAGCUCUUGGCAAGAAGACGUGCGACACACACCCGACGGCGCAGGGGAAGGUGGCCGGGCAUCAGAUAUGCGCGGCGGAGCAGUCCGAGUUCGUGGAGGAGUAUCGCGUCGGCGACCCCGGCUACCGUCCGGCAAGGGGUCGCUGUGUUCUCUCCUGGACUAGGGGGAUGGAGCGCAACGAACGCUGGCUCGGGGAGCACGCGCUCCUCGCGUCGGUUCUCAUGGGCCGACCACCGGUUUCUCCUGGUGAACUACUGGAGGCCAUCGAGCACAGCACUGGCGUCCUCGCACGCGACGUCCGCGUGGAGGUGACACGCACGGAGGAUUUCCUCGUCUCCUUCCGCAACACAAGAGACAAGAACGCGGUGUUCAGGCGAUCGCACGAGCUCCUCUGCAACGAUGUGCCAAUCUCCUUCAAGCUCUGGAGCAGGCGGAGCUGGGCCACCAGUUCUGAACUGAUGUUCUUCACCAAGAUCGCCUUCGACGGCCUUCCAGUCCAUGCGUGGGAAGAGGAAGCGAUGCACAAGCUCGUCAACGUCCUUGGCGGCCGGCUGGUCGCGCUGGUGCCGGCAGACGACGCGCGGUGUUUGGAGGCUUUUGCGUGGUUCAAGGACCCUGCAGGCCUCCCGCACCGCUACGACGUUGAGAUCCCGGAGCGAGCGGGCGCAGCUGGCUCCUGGCGCGAGAGUUCUUCCUCGGCUCUGCCGCCGGCGCCAAGACGGGUGCCAACCCUCGUCUACCCCGUCAUCAUACAUGUGGAAGAAGUGAUCGAACCUACGCCGCUGCACAUCGCGCGCCGUCUGCCUGAUGACCACGACGGUGACGUCGUUCCACGUCGGAACGCGUUCUCGUGUUGGGUGGGGCGGUACGAUGGCUCUGGUCCAUGGGGGACGGAGCAAGGAGGGGGCCAUGUCUUCGGGGGCGCUAGCGGCUCGGCGGGGGGCUUGGACCGCCGCUCGCACCGUUCUCUGCCCGGAGCUGAGGAUCGUGAGCAGGAAUCUCUUCAGGGAGGCGCUCGCGGUACAGUCGUGGAGACGGCCACCAGGGAGACUAGGUCCGGUUCCGCGGCGUCGGCGCAACCCGGCAAGCAGCCGGACGACCUGGCGUUGGUCCUUGCGACCCAGUUCCAUGGGGCGGCGACCUGGGAGGUGGGUUUGGCUUCAGCUAAGGCUGCCGACCGACCUGAGGAUCUGGCGUGCCAGGGGCGGCGACCUCCAUGGCGCUGCCGGCGACGGAAACGGCCUGGGGGGGAGUUUGGUUUUCGCCGCAGGCAGCGACGGCGCGAACGACGACGCUGGCCGCAGAAUACGUUGAUGAUGCCAUGUUCCAAGAAGACCUGGCCGCGGGCCUUGACUUCCAGGAGCUCAGAACCAAACUCACCGGCGGUGAGCUCACCGAGGAAGAACAAGCGGGCGGGGGCGGCCGUGACGGCCGGGCGCGGGAGGGCGCCUUUGCGCCGGCCGAACGCCCCGCAGGAUUCGCGACCAGCUGCCGAGGAGGAGAGAGCUGCGACCGCAUUGAAGGCAAAGGAGCACGCCGCGCCGGGAACAGUGCCCUCGGGAGCACUGGGCGGGAGCUCGGCUUCCAAAUCGCCAGCCGGUGGGCUCAUAGUCUACGGCCGAAGGCCAAAUAAGACGGUGCCCAAGCGCCCAUCUCGCGUGGAGGCCCAAGCAAAUGUUGACUCCCACGACCAGGCCUCGGAGACCGGUCCGGCUAGCUUCACGCUGGGUCUCACACAGGCAGAAGCCCACCAGAAUGCGACGAGCCAGGAGACAGUAGUUGAGGCGGCCCAACAACGGGCGCUGGUGACCCCAUCCACUUCGGCCCCCAAGAUCCAGGACUUCAUCCAAUCCAUCUCGCUGUCGCCACCAGCGUCUAUCCUAGGGCGACCACCGCCAGCGUCGAUGCUGGCGACCAGAUCCUGGCGCCGCAACACCAUUCCGGGCGAUUUCACCCCAUGGCGAAGUCCGCGAAUCUCGCUGCAAGGAAGCGGGGCUCACAAGCACGUCAUCUCCAAAGCUCAGAAGGUCAUUAUGAAGAAGUUGGGGAUUGUGGAGGAGGAAGAGGAGGCAGACCAGGAGGCGGUGCGGCGGUACAUCGGCCUCUUCGACCAUCCGCUAUCGCCGCAGCACUUGGAGGCGAUGGCCAGCCUGCUCGACGUCGACAUCUCCCUGCGCGCCCAGCAGUUGCCAGAGGAGCUAGCUCGUGCAGCAGCGGCACCAAUUGCUUCGCCAGCCUGAUUCUGG